AUGGUCAAGCCAGCGAAGGACGAUCAGAGCCAGACCAGUAUAUCUGCCUUCUUCCGUCCACGAGCACCUCCUCCCUCGACUCCCUCAAAUGCACGUGGUGUCGCUGCGAACUCGUCGUCGUCAUCUGCGAUUCGCGGCGCUCGGACAAGUGACGGCAUCGAUGGAGAACUGAUCCUGCUCGACUCGAGUGACGAUGACGACGACGUAUCGGACGCGUCAAGGGUGCCUCCACGUCCUUUGAAACGCGUCAAGCUGGAAUCAACAGUGCAGGACCCCUCGUCGUCAUCGGCAGCGUUCGCGGCGACGAGUUCAGCUGCUGCUUCGUCGUCAUCGGCUAACACCAUGGAGCGUCGCGAGGUCGACAUCUCUCAAAAGGUUUCGAAGUGGCAGUACAAGCCACCAACCCCGUCUUCAGUCUCCGAAACACCGCAGAAUGAUGACGCCCAUAAGCCCUCGAGCUCGAGCUCGAUCGCAGCAGUAGGAGCUGGGGGAGGUAGUACGAGCAAUGGCAAGCAGCGCAAUGGAGUGUUUAGCUCCACCAAGGCCAUGAACAGAUUGCAAAGCAUCAACCUGCUCAAGAAGAAGAACGCCUUCCUGCAAGAUCAGGACCCUCUGGCAGCGGCGGCAUUCGAAUCGAAUGGUUACGACGCGUCGAGUCGCCACCACUCGUCAACGAGAAGUCAAUCUCCGCUCUCGCCGUUCGGAGACGGCGACCAUGAUGACGAUGGAGACGAUGGCGCUGGCACGUCGAGAACCAAACAAAAGGGCAAAGUAGUGGCAAAAGCUCAAGGUGAUGGUGAUGAUGAUGAGAUGGAUGAUGGUGAUGGUGAUGGUGAUGGUGACGCAGUACGGCACUCGAGGUUCAGCAAAUUCGCUGCCCAAGGGAUGCCGAAGACCAAACCAGCGAAAGCGAGCGGUAUCAAGUAUACUCCACUGUGAGCCUCCGAUUGUGAUGGAAUAAACUCACCGCCUCGUUGACUAAAGCUCUAACUUGAUCACAGGGAGCAACAAGUCAUUGCGCUGCGCAAAGCUCACCCGGGGGUCUUGCUCGUCAUCGAAGUCAGUCACCGGAACGGAACUGAAUCCGCAUUGCCAACGAGGCUGACGCACCUGCUCACUCCAAAGGUUGGUUACAAGUUCCGUUUCUUCGAGGAAGAUGCUGUCACGGCUUCUCGCAUCCUAGGCAUCGCUCACUUCCCGAUCAAGGUCAGUGUCUCGGAACCGGAGUGGUCGUACCGAACCAGCAGCUAAAGGCGAUGCAUUUACCUCACUUCAGAACAUGAUGUCGGCCUCUAUCCCGACACACCGACUCGACGUGCACAUCAAGCGACUGAUCAAUGCUGGUCAGAAAGUCGGUGUCGUACGCCAGAAGGAAACCGCCGCUUUGAAGAAAGCCGACGCUUCCACCCGCCAGGGACCUUUCGUGCGCGCGCUCGAUGGUCUCUACACGAGCGCGACUUACAUCGAUCCGUUGUCGGUCGAACCUCUGGAUGCGAGCUCCGGCAACGCAGCAACGAUCGUGUGCCUGGUUGAGGAGGCAAGAGGCAGGGAUGAGAAAGUAGCGAUUGGAAUGGUCGCGGUCAAGCCUUCGACCGGGGAAGUGAUUUACGAUGGUGAGUACCACUCAAAAUUCAUUCAAGCGUAUCCCAGCAAUAUUGGAUGUUGAUAGAGUAUGGCUUGCAGAAUUUGUUGAUGGCCUGAUGCGCUCGGAGCUGGAGACGAGGCUCCUGCACCUUCAACCAAGUGAAGUCGUUCUGCAACCGCAGCUGAGCAAGCAGACCCAAUCGAUAAUCAAUUACCUUGUGAGACAACAAAGGUCAGUCAGCCGGAGUGUCUUCUCCCAAGUAUAUGGUCGUACUGAUACAAAAAUUGACGUGGUGCAGCUCCGGAGCUUCGGACUCGACCUGUCGUAUCGACCGCAUGAACAAGAAGCUCACGACAGAGGCGGCGAGGAAGUUCAUCACCAAUUUUUACAUCUGCUCAAAGGCAGCUGGCGCAUCGAGGAAAGGAAAAGAGAAGGAACUUACGCGGGAGAUUGUCAUUGGCUCCGAUUCGGAAGACGACGCCGAGGCUGGGCCCAACAUCGGUAUGAACGGCUCAUGUCCGAGCCAAGUCCUCGACCUUCCCGACCUGGUCCUCGUCGCUCUCGCAGCACUCAUCUCGCAUCUAUCUGCUUUCGACCUUUCGACGAUCUUCUUCCACGAAUCAUCAUUCGAGCAUUUCUCCUCUCGCUCGACGAUGAACCUUAACGGCAACACAUUGCAAAACCUCGAGCUACUGCAGAACAACACGGACUUCACCCUCCACGGCUCGCUGCUCUCGAUUCUCGACCAUUGCCACUCGGCGUUUGGACGCCGACGCCUUCGCAACUGGAUCUGCCAUCCACUUAUCUCGGAGGCACGAGUAUUGGAGCGCCAAGAUGCCGUGGCCGAGAUCAUUUCGUCGAGUUCGAAUUUGACGAUAUAUAAGCUACGCGGCGUAUUCAAAGGUCUGCUGGAUCUCGAACGCGGGCUGGUUCGGAUCCAUUUCGGCCGGGCGAGCACGCAAGAGCUACUGCGUAUUCUGCAAGCGUUCUCAAGGGUCGCGAAUGUGUUCGAGGCGAUUGAUGAGGAAGAAGAGAGGGACGGGGCACCGACACCGCAGUCGACGGUCAAGAGUGCACUGUUGAAGCAGAUCGUGGCUAGCCUUCCCAAGAUCAAGAAGGACGUUGAUGGAUUCCUGUACGUUUUUGGGAGGUUUUUUGAUAUGCUAUGACGGUCCACUUUGGCUUACGUUCUUAUUAACCAACACAGAUCACGCAUCAAGAGUGAACAGGCCAAGGCGGGGAAGAAGGCGGAAUUGUUCCACGAUCCGCCCGAAAACCUGCGCGAAGUCCGUGACUGCCUCGAUGCGGUUGACAUUGAAAUGGGGGCUCUGCUUAAGGAAGCCCGCAAGGUCCUCAAAAAGCCAACGAUCGAGUUUCGCCGCGUGGCCGAGGAGGAGUUCCUGUUGGAGAUCGGAAUCGCCGAGUCCAAAAAGAUUGUACCUGGUGACUGGAUCAAGGUAAAUUCGACGAAGCAGUACUACCGCUACCGCAGCCCCCAGAUCCAGGCCAAGAUGGACGAGGUAAACCAGAACCGUGAACGGCUCGAAGCUGCCGCCGAUGCGGCGUUCAAAGCUCUGCUGCAGGAGAUUACCUCGACAAGCUACGAUGCGUUCAGGGCCGCUCUCUCGAACCUCGCGACAGCCGAUUGUCUCUUCUCGUUUGCUGUGACGGCGAUCGCACCGGGGUAUGUCCGCCCUACCAUCGUCCGCGAACCGGGGUUUAUCAAGAUUGUCGAUGGUCGGCACCCAGUUCAUGAGGUUCUCUCGUCGCAGCCCUACGUCCCGAGUUCGAUCGAGCUCGGAGGUACCGCGACGAAGCAGAUGAUCUUGACGGGUAUCAACGCUGGUGGAAAGUCCUCGUUCUCGCGUUCCGUGGCUCUGAUCGCGCUAAUGGCGCAGAUCGGAAGCUACGUCCCUGCCAAGGAAUGCACGACCAGCUUGUUCGACGGCAUCUUCACGCGCAUGGGAGCGGCCGACGAGAUUGGUCGUGGUCGUUCAACGUUCAUGGUAGAGUUGAGCGAGACGUCCGAGAUCCUCAAGCUUGCGACGUGUCGCUCUCUGGUCAUUUUGGACGAACUUGGUCGAGGCACGAGUACGAACGAUGGUCAAGCUAUCGCUGCGGCCGUAUUGGAAAACAUUACCACGACCUCCCAAGCCCGAACCAUCUUCAUCACCCACUACCCCUCCUUGGCUCAGCUCGUAAAGAAGUACCCCGAGGUCAUCUCGGUGCAUCAUAUGAAGUGCUUGGAAAAGCAGAGGGACGACGGCUUCACGGACGUGACAUUCUUGUACCAAGUUGGACCGGGAUUGGCGUCGAGGUCGCACGGGCUGAAUGUCGCUAGAUUGGCCGAAUUGCCCGAUUCGGUCUUGAGCAAGGCGCUGGAGAAGAGUCAGGAAUUGGAGAGGACCACACAGGAGAGGGUCGCUUCGAGGAGAGCGGAACGCUUGGCUUGGAUUCUACGUACGGUUGGUGAAGGAGGGGAGAUAGCCUCAGGCGAGGAGGAAAAAGGUGCUCUGCUUGAGGCUUGUGCAAAUGCUUUGCUCUAG